CUUACCCUAACCCUUACCGUAACCAUUUUAAAUGUCAACUUCAAUGGGGUAGGGACGUCCCAAGGAUCCAGGAUAGCAAAGACCCUGACAAGCCUUUCUAGAUGAGUCAUACUGUUCCUAAUCACAGACCUGAAGUCAUCAAUCAAGCAUUCCUUUGUAGCUUGACUCACAACUCACAUUUUUUGCUUCAGGGAGAAAAUUCGACCACAGAGAUGUAUUCCAGGGAUUUAAUUGGAGAGUGCUGUUCUACAAUGGAGCACAUCUGUGUUCUAGACAAUUGAAUAACUGUACAGUCUUCAUAAUUUACAUUAAAGUUGUGAAUACAGUGUAUUUUGUAGCAGUUGUAGUUGUAGUUGUCAACUCUGAACUGCCUUAUACCAUUCUAAGGUAUCGAAUUACAGUACUGUAACAGAAAUAGACACUGCCUAAGGUAUCGAAUGACAGUACUGUAACAGAAAUAGACACUGCUGUGCUGUAUGUAAUGGAGCGUGACAUUUUCGUCCUGAAUUUAAUCUUUCAUUUUUAAAACGCUGACGCUGAAAUGAUGUGUGAAUGGUUGAAUACUUGUAAAGGAAACAAGGGAAUAACAGGGUCAAUUACAUUUCUACUCAUCUUGUUAUUUACCCUGCAACUGGCUGGAAAUGUAACUUCGGUCUCUCUGGUGAAAUGUCUCUACUCUGAGGACUGUGUGCUGACAUGCAGCUUCAAACCAAAUGAAGAAGAGGUGGUUCACUGGUAUAAACAACAAAUAUGCGUCCAUAGCUACUACUAUCAAAGUGACCAGUUACAACUGCAGAAUGGACAUUUCAGUGGAAGGACCUCUUUGUUCAAAGACCAGCUUGUUCAUGGAAAUGCAUCGCUCCUACUAAAGAGGGUAGAUGUUUCAGAUGAGGGCCUAUAUAAGUGUUACACCAGCACCUUGACGGUUAACAAGGAAACCUUUGUGGAUGUUAAGGUGGAAGCUCUCAUUCAGUCAGUGAGAAUGGAGAUGACUGGGGAGGUGAUCUCCUGUUCAUCUCAGAACAUCUAUCCUGCCCCUGAGGUGGCAUGGUCCACAGACCCAUUGUCUGGCCCAGAAACACUACAGAACUCCACCGUCAAAAGCCUAGACUCCAAGGGUCUGUACAUAGUGGAGAGCACAGUGAGGAUCUUGGGUAAUGUCUCUGACCACGCCUACUUCUGCUCUGUCAUCUCUGCAGACAAGGCCCAGGUGUGGACCACCUCCAUAAAGAAGACAGAGGAAUUGAUUGGAGAGGCAGGGCGAGAGCUGUCCAUACCCUGCAUCGCUCCACAGAACCUCCAGAACUUCUCCCUCACCUGGACCUUCACCAGAACCAAUGAUACCACAGUAAUCCUCAUCUAUGACAGCAGAACCAGACUGACCUCCAACCUCUGGGAGGACCUUGCUGGAUUGGAGCAGGACCAGGUUCUGAUGAGUAAAGGAUCCCUCCUUCUUCACAACCCAGAGAGUGAGGAACAAACAGGAACAUACACCUGUACAUUCACAGGCUUCCAGAGGAGACACAUGGUGCAAACCCAGGUCAACAUCACAGCCAGACGACCCACUGCAGGUGUAACCAACGUGAUGGCUGAUCACAUGCUGUGGCUGAUUCCUGCAGUGUCAACACUUCUGUGGCAGUCCCUGUGGAACUAUAUACACUGAGUAUACCGAACAUUAGGAACACCUUCCUUUUUCCCUCAGAACAGCCUCAAUUCGUCGGGGG